GGUGCGCACCGAGCCGUGCGCGGGAAUCGUGCUCUCGGCCCGCAGGGUGCGCUCAGCCCCGCCGAGGGCUGCAGGCGGCGCUGACUCAGCGCGGAAGGUGCAAGGGUGCCGGGCGCCUUUGCGCCCGGGCCAGUGCUCUGACUAUAAAGUGAGCGGGCAGUUCCGAGGCACCAUCACGCCUUUCCAGCAGCUCUUCUGCCUCUUUGCACCAGAGUUUCAACCUCGACUCUCUUCGAUUCGAAAUGGACCCCAACUGCUCCUGCGCCACUGAUGGCUCCUGCACCUGCACCCGCUCCUGCAAAUGCUCAAACUGCAAAUGCCCCUCCUGCAAGAAGAGCUGCUGCUCUUGCUGCCCAGUGAGCUGUGCCAAGUGUGCCCAGGGCUGUGUCUGCAAAGAGCCAUCGGACAAGUGCAGCUGCUGUGCCUGAUGUGGGAGACCCUGCUUCCACGUGUACACGAAGUGAUACUACAAACCCACAGUUUUUUCACAUAACCCUGACCCAUUUGCCAAGAUUCUUUUUCUAUAGUAUGUGAAUAAUAAAUUCAGUAACUUUA